CUGUCAAAAUUUCCCGGAAAAAUGGCUACACUGACAGAAAAUGUUGAAGUUAAGGUCAAGGAAUCAAGAAAGGGAAAAGGCCUGUAUGCCAGAAAGCAGAUCAAUGAGGGAGAAACCAUUCUGGAAGAGACCCCUAUGGUGUGUUGUCAGUUUGCCUGGAAUGAACUAUACAAGUACACCGCCUGUGAGAACUGUUUGCGCUCACUUGAGAAGGCAGAGGCAAUGGCACGAAGGCUGACAGAGAAUCCAGCCCUUGAUCUGCCUCAUCUUGAGUGUUGUGAAGUAAAGGUCGAGGAUAUAACAUACUGCCCUGCCUGCCAGGUACCAUACUGUAGCACAGAAUGUCGUGAUCAAGCAUGGGCUGCGUACCACCGAGUUUUGUGCCUCGGUAGUGCACGGGAAGAUCCCGAACACCCAGUAAAUCGGCUGAUGGAGGCUUGGAGAAAUAUUCACUUUCCACCAGAAACUGCUACAAUCAUGCUUCUACUUAAAAUGAUUGCCAUGGUGAAGCAGGCUGAUGACCCUGUUUCUGUCCUGGAAGGGUUUAGCAGAUUUGUGCAGGUGACAGUGAAUGAAGAGGAACAUGCUGUCCAUAAACUGUUAGGACCACAGUUUCAGGACCAGGUAGAAAUGCUAAGACAUAUGGUGACAGAGACAUUUUAUGAUGAAAAAGUUCAGCAGUGGUUGACACCAGAGGGGUUUCGCUCCAUGUUUGCCCUGAUGGGAACCAAUCAACAAGGUAUUGGGUCAAGUUCCAUAAGUGUUUGGGCUCGUAAUUGUGAUGACCUUGACCUUUCUGAAAGUGAUAAAAAUGACCUUGAUAAGGUCAUUGACCAACUGUAUGAUGAUCUUGACAGAGUUGCAGGCACUUUUUUGAACUGUGAAGGGGCUGGACUGUACAGACUCCAGAGUGCAUGUAACCAUAGUUGUGCCCCCAAUGCUGAGAUCCAGUUCAACAAGCAAAACCACACUUUGUCACUCGUCGCCUUGUCCAAGAUAGAACCAGAGCAGGAAAUCUGCAUCAGUUAUCUGGGGGAGUGUGAUCAGGAAAGAAGUAGACACAGCAGACAAAAGCUGCUCAAGGAAAACUACUUGUUCACGUGUGAGUGUGAGCGGUGCAUCACACAGGCUGACGAUCCUGAUGUCACUUCUGAGGAAGAGGAUGAAGAAGAUGAUGAUGAUGAUGAUAUGGAAAACUGAACCGGUUCAAGGGGACCUACUGUACACUUUCAGCAACAGAAAUACAGUGAUCCAUAACUCAUUACUGCAUUAUAGUCUCACUUAUUGCUAAACACAUAAGUCGUCGUUGUUUGUAGUUAUUGCCCUUUAUUUUCUCGUCACUUCAAACUAUAUAUACAGAUAGAUCUUAUUGAAGAGAAGGACAAUGCACAGGAAUCAUUACUUUGGAUGCAGUUUUUUUUUAGUAACUGCCCUUUACUUACUUAUUAUUUGUUUGGAGCCUUUAUUAGGUAGUUUAAUUAAAAUGAUUCUUCCGGUAUUCACGUCAAACAUCAUAUUAAGAUCACAAGAACCAUAAAUCUACCUGUGUUUGGGUUUUUUAAAGUUAUUCACUGUAAUCAUCAAACACAGAUAAGUGAUAUGGAGGGGUUACGUGUUUUAUCCCAAAAUAAUUGGAUGUUUUAGUCAAAAGGAGAUUUUAAUAGGUUUUAUCAGUUGCCAUGUUUUGAGCUGUUGCCAGAUUUGAUUAUCGAGACUUUUCAAUAACAAUUUCAUUUUGUACAAAAUUGAAGAAAAAUGUGGGAUAUUUUGUAUAAAAGUAAUAUAUUGGUUUAUGGUAGUUACUUGGAGGUGAUGUUUUAAAGUUCAAUGGUUCACACCAUGUUAUAAGUGUUUGGUUGAUGGUAAAUAUAUUAUUUAGCAAUAUUUUCAGGUGUAUUGUAACUUUUAUGUUUUUGACAUACACUAGUUAAGUGUAUUUUAUUAUUCUAUGAAGUCUGCCAUUUUAUGAAGAUGAAAUUAAAAUAUUUAAAACAG